AUGAGUCCCACAGCUUGGGGCACUGGCAUGUGGAGUUGUGAUGUCGAACGCUGCGACAAGCCCUCUGUUCGUACAGACGGAGCUUGUAUCCUCUGCAACCGCCAUCUCUGCGCUACCCAUGUCGACGAUCCAUAUCACAAGUGCCCAAACUGGGAGGACGCAGAACUAUGGUGUCCCGCAGCUAGCGAAGCAGAAAAGAGAGAAGUAACAACUCUCUUCAACAAAAUCAUUGUCACCGCGCUUCUCUCGCGAGCCAGCCACCUGCGUAAAGGCGUGCCGUGCUCCCUAGCCAAAGACCUCAAGUAUGACCCCUCAACGCGAGGGUCGGUCAUGGGCGGCCAGAACAUCCACGUCGAAAUCCAGUUCGAGGAUGGGAUCCUGUGGCUGGCUCGUAUCCGACGAGUCAAUGCCAUGUCUCCGCCAUUGGACCUACGGCGAUACAUCUUGCUCAGUGAGGCCGCUACGCUCCAAUUCUUGAGUAGUGAAACGAAGAUCCCCGUCCCUAGGAUAUUCGACUAUCAAUUCGACGAGGGCAACCCCAUCGGCGUCGGAUAUAUCAUAUACGAAAAGAUACCGGGCAAGCCAUUGAACUGGCCGUCUGCAACAACAGAACAGAAACAUAAAAUCAUAGACCAGUUGGCAGACAUAUAUAUCGAACUCCGCUCGCGCCCUUUCGACCUACUAGGCUCACUAGACCAACCAGGAACAAGCCACAUCGGACCUCUCGCUGGAGAAACACACACGGACUACAAAGCUGACGGCCAAAUGCGGCCCCUAGGACCCUUCACCAACCUCAAUGACUUCCUACGCGCAAGCAUAGAAUUUACACUAGACCUCAUCAGACGAGGCGAACGCUACGCCUCACGCCCAAUCGACGCAUUUCUAAUCCAUCGUUUCCUGCUAGAUUCCAUUCCAGCUCUUAUCCGCCAGAUCCAACCCAGAGGCACCAACUCGAACUCACAAUUACACUCCAAAUGCUAUCUAACACACGCGGACUCCAAGGGCGACCAUGUCCUGACAGACCCAAACCAUGCCAUCGCAGCUAUGAUUGACUGGGAAUGGGCGCAUACAGCACCCGCAAGCUUAGCGUUCAACUCCCCAGUGAUGCUCCUCCCUGUUGCGGAUUUCUACGAUGGGGUAACCCAGAUCGGUGAGGAUGAGGAAUUCUUCGCGCAAGUCCUGCAGGAUAAGGGGCAUCCUGACCUUGCAGAGAUAGUGCGGAAAGGACGCGUGCUUCACUUCUUUGUGUUUUGCUGUGGAUAUCCGGGUGACUGGGAGGGGUAUCUGGGCCUUUUUGGCGGGCUGAGGAGGGCUUUGGAUUCUGGUGGUGAUGGCGAGUUGGAGUGGGAGGCUUGGAGGGAGAAGAUGUUGAUUGUGUAUAAGGAGGAUGCAAUAUUAAGGGAGUUGAUGGCGAGAUGA